AAUCAUUCUCUCCCUUCCAAGUAGUUUCCCAACAAUCUUACAACAAAACCAUCAUCAUCAAGAGAAUUAAACCUAAUUUGUGAGAGAUCUUAACAACAAAAGAUGGGUAGAGCUCCAUGUUGUGACAAAGCUAAUGUGAAGAAAGGACCUUGGUCUCCUGAAGAAGAUGCUACUCUCAAAUCCUACAUUGAAACAAAUGGAACGGGUGGAAAUUGGAUCGCCCUUCCUCAAAAAAUCGGGCUCAAGAGAUGUGGAAAGAGUUGUAGACUUAGGUGGUUAAACUACUUGAGACCUAAUAUAAAACAUGGUGGAUUUACUGAAGAAGAAGACAACAUUAUUUGCAGCCUUUAUAUUAGCAUUGGAAGCAGGUGGUCAAUUAUUGCUGCUCAGUUACCUGGAAGAACUGAUAAUGAUAUCAAAAACUAUUGGAACACAAGAUUGAAGAAGAAAUUACUCGGAAAGCGCAAACAAUCGGCGAAUAAUAACAAUAGCUUGAUGAUGAACCAAAAGGAGACAGAUGAGAAUUCUUAUUCAAAUUCUUUGAGUAGUUCAGCUCUUGAAAGACUUCAACUUCAUAUGCAACUUCAAACCCUUCAAAACCCUUUUGGAUUUUACAAUAAUAACCUUUCUGUUUGGCCAAAGUUGCAUCCUUCUCAAGAAAAAAUGAUCCAAAUUAGUCUUCAAAACUCUAAUAACAACAACACUAUGAUGCAAUUGCAAAGUGCUUUCCCUUCACCACAGGUUGAAUGUUUGGAGAAUAUUAAUAUUCCUUUGGAGAGUAUCAACAAUUCGGUUCACUUCGACGCUUCUGAAAACAAUGAUAAUAAGAAUCAUUAUGGUUCAAUGGAUGCUUCAAGUGUUGCACCAGUUAGAGGAGAAGCUGUUGAGAAGAGUAGUAAUGAAGGAAUUCAGCAACUGGAAAAUGAGCUAGAUGAGAUUCUCAACAACAGAAAUAUUAUUAGUACUACAAUGGAAAAUGAGUUUGAUUGCUUCAGAGAUAUGAACAAUACUAAUGGUUCAAAGGAUCAAGGUUUGAUAUGGUGGUCAAAUGAAUCAGGUGAUACGAAAUCGGGAUCGUCGAACUCGUGGGAUUCGUCGACUAAUCUUAUGCAAGAAGGGAUGUUCCAAGGUUAUGAGCUAGGUUAUGGUUUGUAAUACUAGAAUUUAUCAUAUGGAUAUUUAACUUUCUAAUUUGUUGUUUUGUUUGAUCAUAAGAAUGUUGUAACUGCAGGUCUUGUAAACAAUGUGGUGAAUAUAUAUUAUAUAAUAAUGUAGAUUGAUGCUUGAGUAAUGUUUUUCAUAUGCAGAAUGUUAGUAAGUUAUUUGUGAUACUUUUAAUCUUAUAUCUUAUGCCAUCGAUCAGUUGAAGUCAGAGUGCAAACAUAGGAAGUUAGUAAGAAGUGAUACGAGCAAGAAAUGAUCCUAAAAACGAGAGAUUUUCUUAUGAAUGAUGAGAUUCUGUUACUGGAAUAGUUGACUUAAUGUAGCCAUUGUGGUGUCACUCUUUUAUGUUUGGUCUUGUGAAGUUCGAACACGUCGAAAAUAACCCUGACAUUGACACAACGACACCGAUAAUAAUUUAAAAAAAUAAUUUUUUAAAAAAUAAUUAAAUUAAACGUAAUUAUAAAUAUCAAGUGUUUAA